UACAUUUGGUUACCUCAUUUUGCUGUUUCUUUCAGAUUAUGAAAGCUUACAGGGGUGUAUCUUUGGAAUCAUUUGCUGAGUCAUUUCCUCAAAUCAUACUCCAUUGUAUCAGUUAACAUAGUUUUAAAUGAAGCAGUCCUUUGGCUUAAGGUGAUACCCUCAGCCUGGCUCCAGUCCUCCCUUGACAGAAGCAUUCAGAAAAGGGACUAAGUCCUGAUUGUUUCCCUCAUUUUCCCAGCAUACUUGAAAGAAGAGCCGGGGCUGAAGAUUUAGUCUGGAAAUCAGAUGCCUAUUUAUCACUGCUCUGUGGCAAUUAAACCAAGAGAACAAAUAGCUGCCCUCCUCAUUGAUUCAAACAACACGAGGUACGGAGCUUGUGCCACAGGAUGGAAAUCAAUGUGUAUCCUCACCGAGUGUUGUGCUUUCCAGGCCCUCAUGAACUCUAUUUUAAGAACCUCUCAAAAAGAAAACAAGUCAUGGAGAAGAAGGAGAAUAACCGAAAGCUUCGGGUUUGUGUUGCUACUUGCAACCGUGCCGAUUAUUCUAAACUCGCCCCAAUCAUGUUUGGCAUUAAAAUGGAACCUGAGUUCUUUGAACUUGACGUGGUGGUACUUGGCUCUCACCUGAUAGAUGACUAUGGAAACACAUAUCGCAUGAUUGAACAAGAUGACUUUGACAUUAACACCAGACUACACACAAUUGUCAGAGGGGAAGAUGAGGCAGCCAUGGUGGAGUCAGUGGGCCUGGCCCUUGUGAAGCUACCAGAUGUUCUUAACCGCCUGAAGCCUGAUAUCAUGAUUGUUCAUGGAGACAGGUUUGAUGCCCUGGCUCUGGCUACAUCUGCUGCCUUGAUGAACAUCCGAAUCCUUCACAUUGAAGGGGGGGAAGUCAGUGGGACCAUUGACGACUCUAUCAGACACGCUAUAACGAAACUGGCUCAUUAUCAUGUGUGCUGCACCCGAAGUGCAGAGCAACACCUGAUAUCCAUGUGUGAGGACCAUGAUCGCAUCUUGUUGGCAGGCUGCCCUUCCUAUGACAAACUUCUCUCCGCCAAGAACAAAGACUACAUGAGCAUCAUUCGGAUGUGGUUAGGUGAUGAUGUAAAAUCUAAAGAUUACAUUGUUGCACUACAGCACCCUGUGACCACGGACAUUAAGCAUUCCCUAAAAAUGUUUGAACUAACAUUGGAUGCACUUAUCUCAUUUAACAAGCGGACCCUAGUUCUGUUUCCAAAUAUUGAUGCAGGGAGCAAAGAAAUGGUUCGAGUGAUGCGGAAGAAGGGCAUUGAGCAUCAUCCCAAUUUUCGUGCAGUUAAACAUGUCCCAUUUGACCAGUUUAUACAGCUGGUUGCCCAUGCUGGUUGUAUGAUUGGGAACAGCAGCUGUGGGGUACGAGAGGUUGGAGCUUUUGGAACACCUGUGAUCAACCUAGGAACACGUCAGAUUGGAAGAGAAACAGGGGAGAAUGUCCUUCAUGUCCGGGAUGCUGAUACCCAAGACAAAAUAUUGCAAGCGCUGCACCUUCAGUUUGGUAAACAGUACCCUUGUUCAAAGAUAUAUGGGGAUGGAAAUGCUGUUCCGAGGAUUUUGAAGUUUCUCAAAUCUAUUGAUCUUCAAGAGCCACUACAAAAGAAAUUCUGUUUUCCUCCUGUGAAGGAUAACAUCUCCCAAGAUAUUGACCAUAUUCUUGAAACUCUAAGUGCCUUGGCUGUUGAUCUUGGUGGGACGAACCUCCGAGUUGCAAUAGUCAGCAUGAAGGGUGAAAUAGUUAAGAAGUAUACUCAGUUCAAUCCUAAAACCUAUGAAGAGAGGAUUAAUUUAAUCCUACAGAUGUGUGUAGAAGCUGCAGCAGAAGCUGUAAAACUGAACUGCAGAAUUUUGGGAGUAGGCAUUUCCACAGGUGGCCGUGUAAAUCCUCGGGAAGGAAUUGUGCUGCAUUCAACCAAACUGAUUCAAGAGUGGAACUCUGUGGAUCUCAGGACCCCCCUGUCUGACACUUUGCAUCUCCCCGUAUGGGUAGACAAUGAUGGCAACUGUGCUGCCCUUGCAGAAAGGAAAUUUGGCCAAGGAAAGGGCCUUGAAAACUUUGUGACACUUAUCACAGGCACAGGAAUUGGCGGGGGGAUCAUCCAUCAGCAUGAACUGAUCCAUGGCAGCUCCUUCUGCGCUGCAGAGCUUGGCCACAUUGUGGUGUCCCUGGAUGGGCCCGACUGUUCCUGUGGAAGCCAUGGGUGUAUUGAAGCAUAUGCCUCUGGAAUGGCCUUGCAGAGGGAAGCAAAAAAGCUACAUGAUGAAGACCAGCUCUUGGUGGAAGGGAUGUCAGUGCCAAAAGACGAAGCUGUGGGCGCACUCCAUCUCAUCCAAGCUGCGAAACUUGGCAAUGCAAAGGCCCAGAGCAUCUUGAGAACAGCUGGAACAGCGUUGGGUCUUGCGGUUGUGAACAUCCUCCACACUAUGAAUCCUUCCCUUGUGAUCCUCUCUGGAGUCCUAGCCAGUCACUAUAUCCACACUGUCAAAGACGUCAUCCGCCAGCAAGCCUUGUCCUCGGUUCAGGACGUGGACGUGGUGGUUUCGGAUUUGGUGGAACCUGCCCUGCUCGGCGCGGCCAGCAUGGUUCUGGACUACACGACUCGCAGAAUCUACUAGUCCUCCGAAGAGUGGACGUGGACCGAGAUUCAAGAGCUCCUUGGCAGAAUCAGGUUGUCUUCUAGAUGAGCAUUUCUUAAAAGGCAAAUUUGGUAUUUCAAUUUAUUUGGCAGGCGACUUUGGCAGAGUUUUUGCUUUUAGUCUCUUCCAGAGUCACUUUUCCCAACCCGUUUUUGUAGAUGCUGCUCCUUGUGCGGUCAUUUCAGCUCAAACCUUGUCACAAUCUUCUGUGCCAAAAGGAGCUACAGUAGUAGCCGAGGAAGCCUUAGGACUCUGCUUACUAGAUGUACCACUUAGACCUGCAGGCCUUGCUUGGGGUGUGACCUUGAUACUGGAGUUUGGAUUAUUAAUCCUUCCUCCUCUGACCCUAAGUUCAGAACACAGAAAGGGAUCCAGUCAGGGAACAGAAGGAAAUCUCACCAUGAAGGGCUUAAGUAAAAACCUUUUUAAAGCAGUUUUAUUGAGGUAUUUUUUAAAGUGCACAACUUGGUUGAGUUUUGACAUAUAUAUACCUAUGAAACCAUGGCCACGAUCAGGACAUCAGGUGUAUGUAUCUCUCACCCCCAAACAUUACUUGUUGAAAGAUGUUAUUUGCUAUUACUCUCUCAGAAUCUUGAGCAACUUUAGAUCAGGGAUCUGAAUUACAGUGGCCUUAGUGACCUUGUCCUUAUCUUCUUAAGGGCAGCUGAGAAGCCACUAGGACUUACAGCCUCUGAAAGAUUAACCAUCCCACAAGGAUCGUUGCUACUGACAAGCAGACACCUCUCCCUUCAAUAGCUUUUCAUACUAUGUUGAAUAUGACCCUGGAGUGUUGAUUAAGGCAGUGUUUGUUGUGUGUCAUACCUAGAGCCCACAUCUGUGAAAUCUGGAUUCUGGCUAAAUAAGAUUCCACGCUCGAAUUGGUGUCAAGAUAACAAAGGCCAAGGUUCUUGCUAUUAAUUUCAACCUGGAAGAAAUACUGAUAGCCACCAUUUAUUAAGUGCCUACUGUGUGCCAGGCUCUGAACUUGGUGCUUCAUAUGCAUUAUUCUAAAUUCUCACAACCAGUAAGGUAGGUGUUUUAAUUCCCAUUUUAUAGAACCCCAAACUAAGUCAAGUGGUGUGCCUAAAGCCGCGUGGCUAAUGAGUCUUAAAGACAGGGUUUGACCCGGGUCCCUCUGUGUUUUUUCUGCUAAGCCACACAAACCUCUCUUCAUAUCAAAAACUUCCAAAGUGCAAAUAUAUUCUAAUUUAUUCCAGGCUACCAAGAGCUUUCACAAGAAUAUCUUAUUAGCAAAUGAAUCGAUUCAUCCUUGACACUAUCUCUCAGUGGUGAAUUUAAUAAAAUAUUCCUGUAUGCUGUGGUAAUUUUGCCAGUACAGUAUUUGGUCUAGUGACAGGUUUUUAUGGGUACUUUUAGAUGACCUUAAAAAGGACAUGCAUAUGUUUUUCAGAUUGUUUAUUAUUUUAGGAAAACCUGAAGGUUUCUACAGCAUUAUUUCUGUGUUCACGUAUAAAAUGAAGGAAUCAAGUUUGCAUUUGAAUUACUUCCUUCCUGGUGGGUUAAUGUGAAAAGCUAGGUUGGCUGAUUCUUAGAACUCUGUCAGCUCUGAAAUAAUCUCCAGGUCCUGGUUGAUUCCUGGGAAGGAAGCUAGUUGGCUUGGCCAUCAGUGUCUGGGGCAGGUCGGUAUACCAUGAAGGGGCAUCAGCUGUUCUUUGAUAAAACCUACAACCACUGCAUACACCAGACAGUUGCACUGCUACCAAGUUUCAUACCAAAUAUUUGGAAGGAUGGUAUUGAAUCUAAAACCAAAUCUUAGUUUUUAUUAAAUUCAUGGAAAGGCUAAUAUAUUCCAACAUAAUUAUUACAUAUAGCUAAAUGAUCACAUCUUAAUUUAUUUUAAUAUAAAUAUUUUUAUUUUACUGUUCUGAGCCAAAUUCUAAAAAAAUAAAUGUAUUUCCUUGUGGAAAUCCUGCCAUUUCUGUAUUUUGUUUUGUUCUUAAUUAGCUCAUUAGCUAAAAGCAUUCCCCUUCCCAAAAGAGAUUUGUUGUGCUCCUUACUUUCUGAAGGUCAUAUAACUUC